GUCUCGGCUUUUGGACGAGGUUGAGGGCGUGGGCGACUGGGUGAGCAGACGAUCCAGGUACCAGCAUACCCAGGUACGGAGUACACACACGCAUACAUUCAGCUGUGGUGUACUUAGGUACAGAUUACCCCCAAAGUGCAGGACGACCUGGGCAGGCUGGCAGGAAGGGCGAGACUGCGAGAUUGACAAGGGUGAGGUCUCUCACCCGUCUGGCCAACCUCCAACCUCGGAGGGCCCACACUUCCUUCCCCAAGGGCCCAAGGGCCCAACAAUGACAAUGGCCCAGGUACCCAGGUACCGACCAACCAGGCCAGGUCGGGCCAGACCGAUAGACUUGGCCAUUGUGCCAUUCUCUUUGACUUUGUCUGUCCCCCAGUCCCCCCCGUCGCUCGGCUUGCAUCAAAUCCCGCCAUAGUCCUUAUCAGCAGCACCCGCUGGCCAGUCGCUUCGCAGCCAGCGGAACGCGACAUCUCAAGGAUGAAUGGGUUGCUCGACGGGUGGGAUGGAUCGGCCAGGGCCAUACGGCCCCUGAUUCUGUGAGCUGUCUCUUGCGUGCUGUAUGCUGUGUGUGUGCACUCACUGAUCAUCGCUGCUCGACUCCUGACUUUUUCCUGUUCCCACCCCUCCACAACCCGCAACCGUCGUGCCCCCCCCACCACCAUCCAUCCCAUCCCAUCCCAACCCACGGGGUCCUCUGCUUCUUUCAAGUCUGUCCCACCCCCCUCCCUCGCCAGCGACUUCAUUCUUCUUCAACCUCACUACCGCUCGUCGCCCAGCACAGAGUGGUUCGAAACCAGAGGGCUCGCACGAGACGUGUCUCUUUGCUGUGUCUUAUCGCGGUGGUUCCUCGGCAGUAUCUCGACACAUAUCUGGCGGUCUUGGCCCCGUUCAACGGCCUCAGCUGCCAGCCGCCAACCUGCACUUAUCCGCCCAUACCCAGGACCCCCGUCGGAAUCUGGCUUUCACCGCGCAUGCUACAGUACACAGUAGAUAUCCUGCUGUGCUGUUAUCAAGAUAUCUAUCAUUGCGCCAUCUCUCCCCCACAGCCUGCCCUUGCUUUGGCUCUCUACUGUCGGCAAUCACUUGGAACUGGUAUCCACCUCCGCCUCGAGCCCACCGGCUCCUCUUCCCCGGUUUCCAAGCUCCACCGCUCCAGACCGCGAUUUUGCACAACUACUCGUGCCCUGCCGCAUGUUCUUGUCAGGUCGCGGCUCAGACCGCGCGCUCCCACAUCCAGUCUCGAUAAAUCCUUGCCGCCGGACGAGUGGCCGAGCCUGCAUCCACAUCAUACUGUGGUACAUGUCGUUCGCUCUGCUGCACUGACAGCUCGACAGCCUUAGACCCCCUGUUCGGGUGGAAAUGUGACGACCCGCUCCUGUUGCGUCUUAUAAGAGCCUCCCAUCCGCCCUCGGCACCUGUCACAGCACUUGUCAUAUUCUUCUCUGGUACGGAGCCUCAUGAGCACCGCCUAGUGACGCCAACAUAGCCAUCCGCCCUUCACACUUCAACACUGGCCCAAGCCUGCUUUCUUCUCUCUCCUAGCUAUGGUAGAGAAUGCUGUGAACCACGAGUGAGAAGACUCAUCACCGUCGAAUCCCCACAGGCUGUCCGUCAGGGAAGCCGAGUCCUUGCUGGCGACACAGCAUCCUUUCGGAAACGGGUAUUAGCUCUAUGACUGCGGCGUCGCCAACACCCCGAACAUGUCUGCUUUAUCAACGCCAUCGCCCCUACUGGGUCCAGCGACCGAUGUCGAUGAGGCCAAGUUGCCCCAUGGCAACUGUCGUUAUAUCAUGAUGAACACUGAAGUCAAGGGCACCCGCUGCGCCUGUGUCAACUUCACCCUGAACACGGCCUUGCCCGGCUCCUCCUGUGAAUGCGGGCACCUCGCCUGCUUCCACCACAAGACAGACGAGCCCCCAGCGGACAGGCGCGAGCUGGAGCUUCUCAGGCAGAGGGUUCAGCAGCUUGAGGAGCUCUUGGUACAGGGCAACAGCAGGAGCAAUGAGCUGGUCCAGAGAGUGAGCGAGCUUGAGGGUAUUGUCGACUCGAGGACAGACGAGAUCGGCCAGGAGAUCAAGAAGACGUAUGGUAACCUGAACCGAGCCUGGCACUCCAUCGGAGAACUCGAGAGGCGGGGCGGGGACGUGGACGGCCGGUUCCAAGCCAUGGGCGUUCAUCUCAAGAAUGUCGACGGCGAGCUGCAGAGACUGCACCAGAGGCAAUGCGAGCUCAACGACGCCGACCUUAGUCUAGAGGAGCAGCUCUUGGAGGUAGUGGAGAGCAUUGAGACGGCCUCCGAUAUGCCUCCGCACAGGGGAAGGCAACGACACAAGACCACGUCGGAUCCUACGCCAGCGCCAGCACCAGCACCAGCACCAGCGUCAACAUCAAACAGCUCCCCGAAGACGACAGUGGUGCCCACUCGGUCACGGGGUGCGCCUGCCAGGGGCCAUGAGUCGGCCGUCUCAAAUUUAUGGACGGUCCACGUCUCUCUGCUCCCGAGCAGCUCGUUACCUUUCCCUUUCGAACGGGAUACCAGUGCUUAUAAGCGAUGUCUUUCAAGGGGCCUGCACCAGAUGGUUGCCGUGAAUGGGACGUCGGCUGAGGCUUUUGUGUCCGCCGUGACGCGAGCUUUCAACGGUGUCCUGAAGGAUAGGCCUUGGGUACCCCUCCAGGCAAAAUUGUGUGACGCGGAUACGCUCCAAGGCCUGCCGAUGCUGCGCCCCUUGGACUCAUCACUUGCGAAUGCCAAGUUCGACGUCGACUUCCUCCGCGCCCACUGUGCCGUGCUCGACAUCCACGGGAACAUGGACUCGUUGUACAUCGCGAUGCGGCACUCGUCGCUCUCGUGGCACGCACUGAGGCACUCGCCCGUGUUCCUGCAGGGCCUCGAGGCAUGCUGGGAAUACGACCCCAUCCUGGACUCGGGCGACCCCUUUGACAACGACGAGAGCGUCGACGAGGAUGAACGGCCGUCGGCGGGGGACUUGGUCGGGGGCCUCCCAAACUUCAAGAGGGCGGCCUCGGAGAUGUCGAGGUCGUCCGCAACGACGACGACGACGGUGGUGGAUGGGGCUGAGGGACGGCCCCCCAAAAAAGUUGCGCGGACGACCUGUCCGCCUCCCUUGGUCAGGAGGCAGAGGGUCGAGACCGCCUAGUGCAUUUCUUGUGUAUUGUUAUCCCCUGGGAGGCGCUUGCAGGUGUUCAUGUAGGGUGACUUUUCUUGGGUGCUGCGAUGAUACCAACUUUUGACUUUUAUAUGAGUGUAUUUCUCAGCCAAACAGUCAAAGUGACAGCAUAGAAAUGUUUUGUUCAGAGAUUCUGCAACAGAAUCCUGAGAAGCGGGAUAGGAGGAUAGAUUGUACAGAAUUCCGAGACUUUCUUUGUCGAAUGUACUAGAACUGACGUGAGGAAAAAAGAGACUCCCUUGUCUGUAGGCAUUGGUAGAGCUUGUAUGUCGCUGGGAAGAUCAACUGAUCCAGUGCGUUGUGGUUCAAGGCAGGCGAGCCUGUAUGAACGCCGCAUGGGCUCUGAAGCACAGCGUGAACUUGGGUGUGACUGAGGAAUUGUUAGAUAUACCGUGAAAGCGAGUGGGAGAGUCAGCCGGUCAUCUUGUAUGAAGUGAAAGCUGUUCCCUGUUUUCGGCUGUCUGACCAGAAUAUAUUUAUACGAGAAGGAAUCAGAAGACCGUCGGCUGCUGACCAGAUCAGACUAAGAGGAGGCGGCAGGCCAGUGAUGUUGCCAAUGUGAUUUACAUGCGUUGUUUGGUGUCACUCGGAGCACGAAGCGCUUGAUGCGUACCAGUGAGUAGAAGUCUGGUUUCACCCUACAUGGGAUGGGAAACAAAAUAAGGAGUCGCGGACGGCAAA